CCACACGCUCUCUCGUCGGGUCAGUGGUGGUUGCUCCUAGUCGCAGACCUCUUUAUUAAUCACAAUCUGGAUCCGGGCACGGGGAGCGAUCGACUGAUCGACGAGAGCCUGGAGAGCCGGGGGUUUCGCUUCUCGCUGCGUUUGGGGUCUUGCCGGGCCUCGGUUUUCGAGCAGAUCCAGGGAACACCGGUUUUCGUUUGAUUUUGCCGAAACUUUUGAUCUGAUCGGAGCGAUCCCGGAGCUUCGCAAGGAGCAAGGCAUUUUUCUUGGGGGGCAUGGCCAUGGGGCUGGGAAGAUUCACACACUGGCUCUGGCCGGGUAACGCCGCGCGAGUUGGCCACCACGAGCUCCCCGGCAUCGCCUUGACGGGCGCCUCCUUCCCGGAGUUCCCCUCCGGGUUCCGUGAGGCUGACGCUAUCGCCGCCGCCGCCGGCCGCCGCACGCGGCCGAGGAGGGUCAAGAACCAGCGGCGCAGUCGCGGGGAGCCCAGGAUCGACAGGGAGUACGACAUGGUCAUCGUGCCGUCCGACGGCGGCGGUUGCCUUUCCGGGUCAGAGUCCGACGACUCCGACUGGUCCAUCGGCUGGCUGGAGCCGCAGGCGCCGGAGAUGCAGACGGACGGUGACCAGGAGACCUCCUUCGCAGUUCUCGUCCCCUGCUACCGCCACGGCCGCGCCGAGCAGCCCGCGAUGCCCCAGGGACGGUUCCUUGGCGCUGGCCCUCUCGCCGAUGGCGGCCUCUCUGAUGGAAAGAAUUUUGUAGAACAGUGGCUUUCUUCCCUCCAGAACUGAUAUCUGGAAUCUCCGUUAGCUACGCUGUAUAUAUUAUUGCUCAGUAUCAUUAUCGAUGAAGGAAGACAUCAAAACCCAAAAAAAUGAGAAAAUAGAAAAAGAACAAAAAGAGGAGCAGCGAAUUUUGAAGCAGCACUGAACGGGUUUGUCCUUCCGGAGGUUUCAAGGCUAAUUGUACUCAUUGCAAAGCAAGGCCAAUGCUGAACAAGACCAGCUGCGCUGCGCGUCGUAGAAGACACAUUCAUUCUUAUUAACCAAUCUACGACAACAUUUGUAGAUAUUAUUUGGUAUCGCAUCGUUCAUUUUGUCCCACUUUGAUUCUGGACCUCGACCCUGCUACUGGCAUAUGUAUAUAUGGUGUCAUUUGCCGUGUAUAUAGAAGCUGCAGAUGUGCAGCUCCUCAGUGUGCGUGUGUGUUGAUGUAGAUCGGAACGGGAUUGCUCCUUGUGAAAUUCAGAUGUAUAUAUAAGCUUUUUGUGUUUUUGUGGAA